UGAGGGCACAUCUGGCGGAGUCGGAACUGCUCCAUUCGAGAGAGACUUGUACACCUCAGCUCAGGGCGUUUCGGUUACUAGUCACUCGGAAUGGUCCUCUCCUUAUCAAGGCGUUUGUAUCUGCCGAAAGACAUUUUGACAUGAAAAGACAUGAUAUGAUCCAGUAUGUGCGAAUGAUUAGGAUAUCGCACAAAAUGAGGACAUCGUCUUCUCUUACCUUCAGGAAAAACUUCUCCGAGUAAAAUUUAGAAGGAUUUUGCCUGGUUGAGCGCCAUCUAAAAAUGCAACAUGAAUCCCACUAACAGCACUGGAGCUGGAGGGCUGGCGCCCUGGAACUUUAACAGCUCUUUGAGCAACACUUCCAGUGAUGUCUUCUCAGCCAACCUCAGCUGUAAUGAUACCGGCACCAAUGAGUCCUGUGUGGUGGCGGUGGCGACAGAGGAGGAGGCAAUGGGGAGUCCCUACAAAGCCGUGGAGAUGGUCUUCAUUGCCCUAGUGACAGGCUCCCUUAGUUUUGUUACUAUAACAGGCAACAUCCUGGUUAUGCUCUCCAUUAAAGUCAAUCGGCAUCUGCAGACUGUCAACAACUACUUCCUGUUUAGCCUGGCAUGUGCGGACCUUAUUAUCGGUGCUUUCUCCAUGAACCUCUACACUGUCUACAUCAUCGUUGGCUACUGGCCUCUGGGACCUGUAGCGUGUGACUUGUGGCUGGCCUUGGAUUAUGUAGUGAGCAACGCUUCGGUCAUGAACCUUCUGAUUAUCAGCUUUGACCGCUACUUCUGUGUCACCAAGCCCCUGACCUAUCCAGCCAGAAGGACCACCAAAAUGGCCGGGCUAAUGAUUGCAGCUGCAUGGAUUCUCUCCUUCAUUCUUUGGGCCCCAGCGAUCCUGUUCUGGCAGUUCAUUGUUGGAGAGCGCACGGUUCCAACGGGAGAGUGCUACAUCCAGUUUCUCUCCAACCCUGCCGUUACGUUUGGCACGGCCAUCGCUGCCUUCUACCUGCCCGUGGUCAUCAUGAUGGUACUCUACAUCCACAUCUCUCUGGCCAGCCGCAGUCGUGUGUCCAAGCAGAAGCCAGAGGUUGAGAAAAAGAAGAAGGGCCUGAAGAUACCUAACCCACUCAAGAGUCACAUCCUCAGCAGACAGAAUAACAACAAUCAGCCCCCGAAGCCCAGCCUGGAGUCCGGCAGCGCUAGUGAAGCCGUGAAGAAUGGCAAGAUUGACGAGUCGGUUGUCUCCGCCAAGGCCGACGGCAGUGUUAAUCCAGAAGAGAAAGACAGUUCCAAUGACUCCAGCACUGCCUGCAUUGCCCCCAAAAAUACCAAGGAGAGGGCCAACAGUGAAGCCAAUACAGACGGGGGCGUUGCUCCCGAUCCUGUGCCUCCACCUGCGCCAGCGCCAGCACCAGCACCAGCACCGCCGCCCGUCAAACUCAACCCCACAUCCAGAUGGUCUAAGAUCAAGAUUGUAACCAAGCAGACUGGCGACGAGUGUAUCACUGCCAUUGAGAUCCAGCCUCCGGUCCAGGGCAGCGAAGGCCACUGUAUCCCUGUGAACCGUCCCCGGAAGGUGGCACGGAAGUUCGCUAGCAUCGCUCGCAGCCAGGUGAAGAGGAAGCGUCAGAUGGCAGCCCGGGAAAAAAAGGUGACCAAAACCAUCUUCGCAAUCCUGCUGGCCUUCAUCCUCACAUGGACCCCUUACAAUGUCAUGGUGCUCAUCAGCACCUUUUGUCACUCCUGUGUCCCGGACACCGUUUGGGCUAUCGGCUACUGGUUGUGCUAUGUCAACAGCACCAUCAACCCAGCCUGCUAUGCCCUCUGCAAUGCCACCUUCAAGAAGACUUUCAAAAACCUUCUCAUGUGCCAGUACAAGAACAUUGGGACAAGAUAGGCUGGAACAUGCAGGCAGUAGCAGGGCUGGUUGAGGGGUAAUAUUACUAAAACAUCCAGAGGGCUGACUGGUACAGUUGAAGAAAAGGACGUAGCCUCCAUGUUCAGCUCAGUUAUGCGUUACAUCACACCCAGCGCUCCUCUGAGAUGUCUUAGCAAACGUAAUAGAAACAUCAUAGCUAUGUCCAAAUUAUACAGAAUGAAUACAAUGUGGAGAUGGGGCUGAUAGAUCAUUGGUAUGAAUACAAUGUGGAGAUGGGGCUGAUAGAUCAUUUGGGAUCGGCCCAAGUUAUGUAGUCGUAACAUGUCCAAGGUGAUGCCUCCUGGAUCCUUAUGUCAAAGCCUGACAAGGACUAAUUCGCAUCCACCGAAAUGUGGGGACGGUUUUCAGAAAGCACAGCUGAACGUCUUUUGACUCAGGCCAGGACUUCAGUCUUCCCUCUCAAAGAUACCGCCACCAAAAUCGGAGACAGUGAGGGCAGUGUUACAUAAUGGCUGAGUGUAAGGCAAAAGAAAAAUUGAAAUGGAAGCUUCAAAAUCUUCCUUUAUACAACGGUAUAAAAUGAGACAAGCAUGAAAUGUCUAAUUAAACUAUUAGUUUCCUCUUCUCCCUUCUUGAGAGAGUUCUCAGCUCCUCAUGGAAAUGGAAAUCCACUCUCAGACCAGUGAAUCAUUGUGCUAAUAUUAUGUGGAGAGCAAUGUGGCCAUGAUAUAGUGUGGAGAGCAAUGUGGCCAUGAUAUAAUGUGGAGAGCAAUGUGGCCAUGAUAUAAUGUGGAGAGCAAUGUGGCCAUGAUAUAAUGUGGAGAGCAAUGUGGCCAUGAUAUAAUGUGGAGAGCAAUGUGGCCAUGAUAUAAUGUGGAGAGCAAUGUGGCCAUGAUAUAAUGUGGAGAGCAAUGUGGCCAUGAUAUAAUAUGGAGAGCAAUGUGGCCAUGAUAUAAUGUCGGGAGCAAUGUGGCCAUGAUAUAAUGUGGAGAGCAAUGUGGCCAUGAUAUAAUGUGGAGAGCAAUGUGGCCAUGAUACAAUGUGGAGAGCAAUAUGGCCAUGAUAUAAUGUGGAGAGCAAUAUGGCCAUGAUAUAAUGUGGAGAGGAAAGAUGACACAGAUCCUUUGUGGUUGGAGACACAACAAGACGUCCAAGUCCUGUACCACAUAUUAAGUUGUUAGCCCUGAAAGUACUGUAAGCAUUCCUAUCCCCACUCCCAAUCGAACAACCAGAAUAUUGAUGUUUAUAUUCCACUCAGAAGUGAUCUUGAAUCAACAGACUGUCUGUACUAGGCGAUGGCAUACAUUAUCAACCAGCGUUUGGCUCUAAACCAACUAAUGUAUGUCAUUGUUACAUUAUGAGGGGAAAAUGCGGCCAAAUGCUUUAAUUCUUAGCCUGCUUCAUCAAUUAUGGAAGUAUUGUGUUUUAAAAUUUUGGUUUCAAUGCAAAUGAAAGUACUAGUAAAAAACAUGUCUAUAGGGAUACUAUAGGGAUAAUUACCGUGAGAGUAUUACAUCUUUUUGUAUCUUACCUCCUGCCAAAUUAUAUGUAAAUAGAAGGCCAUUGUAUGCUUAAAGUAUGCUCUGAAAAGUGGAGUUUCUCUCAUGCAUUUCAUAUCUGGAUGUUUGUACUUCUCUUUUAUUAUGUUUGUGAUUUACAAAUACUUUUACAAAUUGAAUAUAAACAAUAUAUAUAUAUAUAUUACUGUAUGUUUAUGCAAGAGAUAGUGUAUUUCUAAAAUGCUGUGAAGUCAGGAAUUUUGGAGAGCGAUUAAAGCAGUUGUUUCGUUGUUUUAAAUGCCAUUGGUGACUGUCCCUUAUAUUUGUAGCUUUGCUGCUAUUCUCCAUGUUGGAUUAGAAUGAGUAAAAUCUAGUUUGUACCUCCCAAGCCUUUGUCAUGCCAAUGUCAUGUCCAUGAGGUCACAUUUUUAAAGGACCCCAGGAUAAGGAUACAGAGACCAAAGUAUAGAUUAGUUGUGAAAAUUAUAUUGUCUGUUUGGGCGCAACCUGUUAAAGAAAAACAACCAGCUUUGGAUGUGCAACCUUUUAAAAAACAUAUUGGAAUUACAAGGAGCUGGUUAGUAUGGUGGUAAAGCUUAAUUAAUAAUCCUGAUCAAAUUAAAGAAUUGAACACGACAGGCGGGCUUCCACCCAAGAAGGGGUGAGUGGGAGGCUAUAAGACAUGACUAUGGUCACCUGUUGUUGUAUGACUCCUGUCAUAAACCAACUAUCCAAGAGACAGUGUACAGAGGAUUGUAUCAGUUUCUAACACUUAAUAAAGAGCUUGCACCAUUGGA